CGCCAGAAGAAACAGGAAUAAAGUAUACAUGUUUAUGCUACGUCAUAAUAAAUAAUGAUGUUCUAAUUAUUUCUAGUGAAGAAAUUUGAGAGUGAACAGAAUCAUGGCACAGAGGCAGAUCCUGUCCCUGCUGUGGCCCGUGAGGAGAUGUGGACUAUGGCCGGUGAUGUCCCGCUCUCACUGUCAGAACAUCAUCACGAUCUCUCGGUUCUGCAGCUCCAGACAGAUGAACCCUGAACCUCCUCCAGUUCACCCAGAGAACGAGUCUCUUCUGGAGAAUCUCUCCAGCAUGGGCUUGGACCUUAACAUGGCCCGCCGCCGACAGCCAGGCGUUCUCCGUAAACUCCUCACCAACGAACAAGGUGUCGCCUACUUCCUGAAGAGCAAAGGUGCCGACCAGGAGACCAUCGCCAGCAUCAUCUCUCGUUUCCUGCGAUCCAUCACCCGCUCCUGUCAGCACCUGGAGGAAUGCUGGCAGCUGUGGAGGAACAUUUUCAAGAGCAACAACGAGGUGGUCGGAAUCUUGUCGCGCUCGCGCUCGCCCGAGUCCUUCUUCCGUUCUAGCGACAACGAAAACCUGGAGAAGAACAUCGCUUUCUUGAGAUCUUUGGGAAUCACUCCUAAAGAUCUACACCGGCUGCUCACAACAGCACCACGGACGUUCUCCAACAGCGUGGAGCUCAACAGGAUAUAAAUAUUUGUUACUUUGUUUA